AUGACAUCCAGAGAAGUGUGGAGCGCUCCUUCAGCCAGGCUGCUCUGUAAUAUCGUUGGGACAGAUAUCCCUGUUAGGAUUUCACCUGAAUUCACAGAGGCCAUAGCGACUGAGGUAUUUGAAGCAGUCACCCCUGUCCUCUCCGUGGCCAUACAAGCCUCAGUGGAUGAACGGUCCUUGAUCGCCACUGCUCCUGCCAACCUCCAGGUGUCAAAGGACAAAGCAGCCAAGAAGACUCUGGCAGGAGCUAUUUCCACCAUGAAAUCCCUCCUUACUGGACGAGGCGCUGUGAUCAAAAGGAGGGUUAUGUCACAACAAGGGUUGGAACCUAACAUAAACAAGAAGCCAGCCAGAGGACGUGAAGACAAAAAAAAUGAGUCUGUGUGGAGGAGGUGUUUCAGGCAGAAGAGAAGGAUCCAGCCAUUUUCACUGGAGGAUCCAACUGAAUCAAAUGGCGCUAAAAAAAGCAAAGAGGAGUCCCGCUCUCCUCUGGCAUCAUCCUCCAUCACAGAGGACCCACCCCUGAAUGAGACCAUGACUAGUGAGAUCCAGGAGGAAGAGGAGACCAAGACAAACGGCUUCUGCAGCAUCUUCUGCAACAUCUUCUCAAAGAAAAAGAAUGAAAAGAAGAAAAAGGAGAAGACGACUCCGUCCAAAAAACUUCCCCUUUGGAUGCGGCUGUUCUGCUGUCCAUGCACCUGUCCACGCUGCCGCUCCUCCCCUUAAGCUGCAGCCA